AUGGACUCUUGUGCGCUUGCACACACGCCAAUGGUUGCUGGCUUAAGACUUUCCAAGGAUACGUCUCCUUCUACAGACUCGGAUAGGAGGAAAAUGGCGAACGUUCCUUACCAAAGUGCUGUGGGAAGCUUAAUGUACCUAGUGGUGUUCACACGACCAGACAUUGCCUUCUCAGUGAACAUGAUUCACAAAGAUCACACACAGGCUAUUUUUUUUAGCUUGCAUCAAGCAGCUCUUUCUUGGAGCAGCAAGAAACAGAGUGUUGUGGCCUGCUCUAGCUGCGAAGUUGGGUAUAUGGCCACUUGCUUGCAAGGAGGCCAUCUGGCUUUGCCGUCUUCUAAUAGACAUGGAACACUCUCUUCCAGAACUUGGUCUUCUUUUCUUUGUCUAGAUAUCAGUGAGCUCAACUUGGCGAAAUCUACGUCCAUCAGAUUCCCCAACGGGAAGGAUGAUCUCCUCAACUUCGAGAUAACCAUCGGACCGGACGAAGGCUACUACCACGGAGGUUUGUUUGUUUUCACGUUCCAGGUCUCGGGAAUCUAUCCUCACGAAGCUCCCAAAGUAAAAUGCAAGACCAAAAUCUAUCACCCCAACAUCGACCUCGAAGGAAAUGUUUGUCUCAACAUUCUCCGAGAGGACUGGAAGCCAGUCUUGAGCAUAAACUCGAUCAUCUACGGCCUGCAGUACCUCUUCUUGGAUCCAAACCCGGAAGAUCCUUUGAAUCAGGAAGCCGCUGAGGUGCUUAGAACAAACCCCAAACAGUUUGAAACUAACGUGAGGAGAUCGAUGCAAGGCGGAUUCGUCGGUGGCCACCAGUUUCACAGAUGCGUAUGAUCUCGGUUUCUCGGUCGACUUCUCGAUCGUUCUUGCUCGCUCGCUCGCUCGCUUAGGAAGGGAAAAACAAGGAUUUGUUUGGUACAAAUGGCUGCGAUAUACAGGGAUAUUUCCCAGUUAGUAUCUAUUAAAUUUUGACAUAAAGCAUUGUUCAAUGUACAAAA